AUGUCUUCUCUCUCUCGUCGUGCUUGCUACAAGUGUGGCAACGUUGGCCACUAUGCCGAGGUUUGCUCCUCUGCCGAGCGUCUCUGCUACAACUGCAAGCAGCCAGGCCACGAGUCCAACGGCUGCCCACUUCCUCGCUCUACUGAGGCGAAGCAGUGCUACCACUGCCAGGGACUUGGACAUGUCCAGGCCGACUGCCCUACUCUCCGCUUGAGCGGCACUGCCACCAGCGGCCGCUGCUAUAACUGUGGCCAGCCUGGACACUUGGCUCGUGCUUGCCCCAACCCCGGUAAUGCCGGUAUGGGCCGUGGCGCUCCCAUGGGCCGUGGCGGCUUCGUUGGCGGUUAUGGCCGCGGAGGCUUCGCCAACGGCCCUCGCCCGGCUACUUGCUACAAGUGCGGUGGCCCCAACCACUUUGCUCGUGACUGCCAGGCUCAGGCCAUGAAGUGCUAUGCUUGUGGCAAACUUGGCCACAUCUCCAGGGAUUGCACUGCCCCCAAUGGCGGUCCCCUGAACACCGCUGGCAAGACCUGCUACCAGUGCGGCGAAGCCGGCCACAUCUCCCGCGACUGCCCUCAGAAGAACAACAGCACCGAGAUCAACAACGAGGUUGUCGACCUUAACAACGUGCCCGCUCCCCCGGUCGCUCCCAUUGCUCCCGUCGCCUAG